GCUACCUCAAUUGGUGGCAUUAGCUGCCAUCACACAAUAUUAACAUGUUUGAACCAGCUUAUGGUUUGUUGGGUUUAGUCAUAUUGUGAGUACCCCUACCUUUUAGUGCCACCGUCACACCCACCGUGGACUUAAUAGCACUGACGUAAGGAGAGUGAAACUUUCAAUUUGUCAUACCUCCGAAGGAAUGGCUGUUGUGAGCAAGCGCUAGCUAGCUAGCUGGCGCUAAAGCGGGAGACUACACGGUAAAUAACAUCACUUCCGCAAGUAUGCUAGCGUCAGUCACCUGCCGUCUAGGAGGGGCGUGGCUUCCCUCGGACGAGCUCUCCACUUCUCACGAGACCUCCACCGUUGGCAAGUAGCAGCUCUAAAUCAAGAGCCAUGAUCACAGCCGCCGAGUACGGGGAAACGUCAUGGGAGUUGUCUGUGCACGUGGACCAAAAGGAGGGCGACGAGUCCAUGAGGUUUAAACUGCGGGUGAAGGGCGACCUGCACAUCGGAGGCCUCAUGCUGAAGCUGGUGGAGAAGAUCAAGGCUCCUCAAGAUUGGUCGGAUCACGCCCUGUGGUGGGAGCAGAGGAAAUGCUGGCUGCUGAGGACCCACUGGACCUUGGACAAAUAUGGAAUUCAGGCUGAUGCUGACCUGCGCUACACCCCCCAGCACAAAAGCAUGCUGCUGCAACUCCCCAACAUGAAAACCAUCAAGAUGACCAUCAGCUUCUCCUGUGUGGUCUUCAAAGCGGUGACGGAGAUCUGUCAGAUACUCAACAUCAGACGGUCAGAGGAACUGUCCCUGCUCAAGCCUCCAGACGAUCCCUCUAAAAAGAAGAAGAAGAAAGACAAGAACUCUUCGUUAGAGGACAUCUGGGACAUUGAUUUAGUCAGUGGGGGCGCAGGGGGCUCAGGCCCCAUGUACAGUAAGACCAUGACGGCCACCUACGACCCCGAGAACGGCAUGCCGGUGUCCGCCACCAGCCUCUGGUUCGGAGAGAACCCUCUCGCCGACUCCCAGCCCAACUUGCCUCCCACCGAGCUGGCCAAGCUCUACCAGCCUCUGUCUCUGGUGGACAAAGCCAUCAGCAACGCCGGCUGGCUGGACUCCUCUCGCUCCCUCAUGGAGCAAGACGUUCAGGACAACGACAAGCUGCUGCUGCGCUUUAAGUACAACAUCUUCUUUGACCUCAAUCCUAAAUACGACGCAGUGAGGAUAACGCAGCUGUACGAGCAGGCUCGCUGGUCCAUCCUGCUGGAAGAGAUUGACUGCACCGAGGAGGAGAUGCUGAUGUUUGCGUCCCUGCAGUAUCACAUCUGUAAACUGACCAUGUCCAGCGAACCGCGGGACCACUCCAAUGAGCCAGAAAUAGAUGAAGUAGAAGCCGCCCUUUCCAACCUGGAAGUGACACUUGAAGGCGGACACACAGACAGAGUUCUGGAAGACAUUACAGAUGUUCCAGAACUGGCGGAUUCCUUGCGGCUUUUUAGACCAAAAAGAUUGACACUCCGGCCUUAUAAAGAGUACUGGUUUGUAUUCAAGGACACCACCAUCUCCUACUACAAGAACAAGGAGGCAGCCAGCGGAGAACCCAUAGAGCAGUUUCACCUACGAGGCUGCGAGAUCGUCCCUGACGUCAACGUCACGGACAAGAAGUUUGGCAUCAAGCUGCUCCUCCCAGUGGCCGACGGCAUGAACGAGGUGUACAUCCGAUGCGACAAUGAGACGCAGUACGCCAAGUGGAAAGCGGCGUGCAUCCUGGCCUCCAAGGGCAAGACGAUGGCCUACAGCUCGUACAAGUCGGAGGUGAGGAACAUCCAGUCCUUCUUGCAAAUGAAGAGCCUGGCGCCCCCUCCUGGCCAGGCGGCCCCCGACCUGGACACCAUGGAGAUGAACGCCGAAUGCUUUGUCUCGCCGCGCUACGCCAAGAAGCACAAGACCAAGCAGCUAACAGCACGUAUCCUGGAGGCCCAUCAGAACAUAGCGCGGCUGUCCCUCAUGGAGGCCAAGAUGCGUUUCAUCCAGGCCUGGCAGUCGCUGCCAGAGUUUGGCAUCAACUACUACAUUGUCAGGUUCAAAGGGAGCAAGAAGGAUGAGAUUCUCGGCAUCUCGUACAACCGCCUGAUCCGUCUUGACAUGUCCACCGGCCUGCCCGUCACCACGUGGAGGUUCGCCAACAUGAAGCAGUGGAACGUGAACUGGGAGAUAAGACAAGUGACCAUAGAAUUUGACCAGAACGUUACGAUAGCGUUCUGCUGUCUGAGCUGCGACUGCAAGGUGGUGCACGAGUUCAUCGGCGGCUACAUCUUCCUCUCAACGCGAUCUAAAGACCAGAACGAGACGCUUGACGAAGAACUGUUCCACAAGCUAACUGGAGGCCAAGAAUAAGAAAGACAAGCCGAUGUUCUGUGGGGGUCGUGGAAGACCGUGGUGUAUAACAUAGAAGUAUCUCUGUAUUAAACGCAGUAAAUCACUGCCAGCGAUAAAGUCAAAAUGUUUUACAGUCUCAGCAGAACAGCAGUGCCUUGAAUUGUUUUGUCAUUAUUUAUCUAAUUGUAAACAUUUUUCAAGCAUUCUAAUCUGCACUCAAUGCAAUGUUAUGUAAAUACAAUCGCAGUCUGUA